AUGCCCAAUAAAGGCCACAAAGACACCCCGACGAAGUCCGUCAAAAACAACGAGCGCCAGGGACAUCCGCCUGCUGAAAGCGUGCCGCCUAAAGCAUUGUCAUUGUUCUUCUCCACUGAAUCGAAUCCAUCGCAUAAGCCCCAGCAAGCGCAGCAACACAGAGCGCCCGCACACCCGCGCCCCCUGCAGGAGAUGCCCAAUAAAGGCCACAAGAACACUCCGACCAAGACCCCGAUGAACGACCAGGGCAAGGGACAACCGCCUACUGAAAGGAUGCCGCCAAAAGCAUUGUCAUUAUUCUUCUCCACUGAAUCAAAAUCCGGGGAACCCUCGCAUAAGCCCCAGCAAGCGCAGCAACACAGAGCGCCCGCACACCCGCGCCCCCUGCAGGAGAUGCCCAAUAAAGGCCACAAAGACACUCCGACCAAGACCCCAAGAACGACCAGGGCAAGGGACAACCGCCUACUGAAUGGAUGUUGCCAAAAUUCUUGUCAUCAUUUUCUCUACUGA